AUUUAAUUUAUUCGAUUAUCCCAACCAAGAUUUUGCCUAUGCGAAAAAGAAAAGAAGAUCGUGUCUCUGUGAAGAGCAAGAGAUGCGUGUUUGAAUCUGUGUGUGUGAAGGUUGAACAAGACGCGAAGCAAUCGCAACCCCCAAAAACGCGGCGUUUUGAACGGUCCACGACACGAACAUGGCCGAAACGUCUUCUACAGAAGAGGAUCACAAUCAUAUUCCCAUCGAAAUUAUCAGCGACGACGAAAUGGCUCUAAUUGAAGCUGCUUUCGCUUUUGCUUCCACUCGCACUUUCUCUUCACUUCGUUCUUCUUCUUCUUCAAAAUUACCCCUUUGCACAAACGCCUUAUCCAUCACACCUUUGUCCAAAAGAAAGUUAUCGAGUGACAUUGAGGAUUUACCCACUUGCAAGAAAAAACACACUCUUUCUGAUUCUUUUCUUCACCGCUUCAGGAACAAACGGGGCUUGUCCGUCACCGAUCUCACUUCCACGGAAUGGUGCCCAAAACAAAUGGAGUUUUCUCUCCUUCUUGGAGGGAGAAAAGUGAAUGAAGCAAUGAGAGCUGGCAUUGCUCGCCAUGCAAAGCUUGAACAAGAGGUUAUACAACGGGUGGAAGUGAAGGUCAAAUCUCAAGAAGAUUAUUGGGCCUUGAAGUUUCUUAAUUUUAUAGCUGGUGCAAAUCAAUUAUUGUUUGAAGGAUUGACUCGUGAACUGCCAGUAAUAGGCUUUGCAGAAGAUAUAUGGAUGGUGGGAGUAAUUGAUGAGAUUCGGAUGCCAUUAACAGAAAAUGAUCAUAAUCCAAUUCUAAUUGACACAAAGACUCGAUCUCGAGAUACACUUCCUGCUGAACCGCAACGAAGAAAUGGAAGGCUUCAAUUGAUGUGCUACAAGUAUUUGUGGGACAAUUUAGUUGCUGAUGAUUUCCCUUCUGAGAAAUUUUUCACUUAUUUUGGCUUAAACCCUCAAAAUAAUCUAUGCGAAGAUCUGAAAGUGAUAGGUGCUGACUCUGGAUUUUCAGCUUCAGUAAGUACAGGAUAUGGAGUUGCUUAUAUUGUUCUCUUUCUCACUGUAAUGACCCUGGAUGAUGCGGUGAGAUAUUACAGAAAUACAUGCAGGAUGCUGGCCCCUGCUCAUGAUCAGCUCUUAUUGAGAUAUGAGUAUCAGAAAGAUCAUUCGCUGCUUGGGGAAGUUAAAUUUGCAUAUGACCGUGACUGGCUAAAGAAUCAACUUCGUUCUUGUCUUGAGUUUUGGCUUGGAGAACAAGAAGCCACUUACACUCCUGAGGAGGAGCGCUGGAAAUGUCAAUACUGUCAAUUUGCCAGAGUCUGUCCAGCAUACACUAAUAGUAAAGGAACAGAGUCACCUAAAAGAAAUUAUUCAAAUAUCAAAGGCUAGAGAUAUCGGAGUGCUGACUCUCUAAUGUUAUUGUUAGCUGCAUCUAUAACGGUGAAAGCCUUCCUUUAGAAAAGCUUGAUAUUUUAAUCAGAGCUUUUCAUAAGUAGGUUUACAGUAAGCAUUUUUUAUUCAUCCAUCAAAAUGCAAUGUUGUUGUAACUACGUUUCAAUUAUUUGUGCAGCUAUAAUCUAUUCCCAUUCUCAUCUUAUAUAAAAUAGAAAGUUGAUUUAUAAUUGGAAAA